AUGGAAGUGAAAGUGCCAACACGAAAAGGUGAUAAUCUUUCACUGAAUAGUGAUCACACACAUUUUAUUAUUAUUCGUGAAAAAGCAAUUGGUAGUGCUUCAGUGAAUGUUGGACAAAACUCGGCUGCUGCAGAUAGCGGCGAAAGACAAUUCGAAAAAUUAGCCGAUUCAGCUGAUAGUGCUACAAAUAGAUUUCGAGAACGUUUCGAAAAUAGUUUACAUCAAGAAGCAUUGCAACAACAAGCGACAGCAUCUUCCAAUCUGUUUUCUCCGACAACAGAUCAAGCAGCAGCAAUAUCAUCGUCCCCAGCUCAUGAAAGUAAUCUAUGGAAUGAAGGUGGUUUUCCGAUGGUUUGUACUUUAGUACGAGGCACACUGGGAACAAUCAAACUUUUGCAUAAAAAAAUUCACGAAGAAAUUCCUGUGGUUAUUCUCAGAGGAACCGGAUCAGCUGCUGAUAUCAUCGCUUUUGCCUACGAAGAAAUUUAUGCCAAAAGCGAUAAAGAAUUUGAGGAUAGUUAUCUAAAAGUUGAAUUAACUCAACGUUUACUUGACGAAUAUCCAGCAUUGAUAGAUAAUCAUGUAAAACGAAACGAAAUCCGUGAUCAUGUCAUUGCAAUUGUCAAAAAAGCCGAUCAAGGAAGACGAAAAUUUUUGACAUUUGUCGAUGUGAAAAGCACGAUAGCGACACUCAAGGAUUUUCACAAAUUUAUUUUAUCCGCUCUUAUAGAAUCUCAAAAAGUUGUAAUUAAAACCAGAGUUUAUGCGCAAAUGAGACAUAAUCUUACUUUAAUACUUGACUGGAAUUUGCCCGAUUUGGCUCUAUCAAAAGUUUUUCAACAUGAUAAUGCUACGAAGUAUUCUAUACCACAUUAUCUUUUCGCUAAGGCUGUUCUCGGAAAAAACCUCGAAACAUUUGUCGAUAUUUUUCUUGAUAAUGAAUUUAUUCUACAUCGAUAUUUAACAUCGGACGAGUUGUUUAGUCUUUUUCAUGAAGCGAAAGAUCGAGAAUUUCUAACAGCAACAUCAUUCAAAGGCGUUCUCGGCAUUACUGAAGAUACAGACGAAAUACCAGCAAAUUUUGUCGAACGUCGUCUCAAUCCUAUUAUGAAACGGCUUACUGGUAUUAAAGGCUUUUUUCGCCAAUAUGAAAUGGAUUGUAAUGCUUCGAGCAUCUAUUUUUGUGACAAAACAGACAAAGACAUUCAACGACAACGAAUAAAAGCAGAGAAAAAGGAUUGGAAUCAUAUGGCUACUUUUGAAUUAGCGUACAGAGCUGAAAAUAAAGAAUUUAUGGUACAUCCUGCUUAUCAAAAAUUAGUUACUCGACGAUUCUACAAUGAAAUCACUCUGCGUGAACUUUCCUUUGGUCUUUUUAAAUGUCCUGAUUAUCUUAAAAUUAUUAUCAGCGCUUAUCUCAUAUUUCCGAUGCUGUUUUGGAUUACAUUUUCUCCGAUCGAUCAAACUCUACAAACAUCGGAAAAAGCAAACGAUUUGCAAAGUAAAAACAAAGUCUACAGACAACAUUGA